AUGAAGUUCGCGCUUGCUCUUACCCUCGCCAGCUUUGGUGCUGCCGCGCCGUUGGCCGAACGCGGGCCAAGUAUCGUUCUCGGAUACAGAACAGUGAGCGCGGAACAAGCCAAAAUCUACAAAGACGCAGGCAAUACACUGGUCUGGACCAAGACUGAAAGCUCUGAUCAGCUUGGUCCUGGUGUCUACAUUAGCCCCAAGUACGGCGACUGGCCUGGUCAGCCAAACGGCUGGGACUGUGUUUUCCUCGCGGAUUCCACGCCCUGGAAUCCAGUCAACAAGGCCUGGGUCCCCGAGAAGAACGAUCAGGGUCAAAACCUGUGGUGGAAUGCUGGAGCCACAGCGAGAGCCGCCUAUCUAAAGACCAUCGGCGGGUCAAACUUUACGCCAGAGAAUACUGUGCUGUUGAGCCAAAUCCAGGGAUUUCAACUCUUGCAACUCCUGAUCCCACCGCAGCUUGUCAAGGAUCCAAAAUACUUGAAGACUACCACGCAGUGCGCUGCAAAGUCGGACACGGCGGGCAUCGAAGCAAUCAAAAAGUACGGUUCUGUGGACUGGAGCAAAUGGCCGAAUGUGAAGGGCACUCCCCAGCAUGUUUGA